UUACGACAUAAAAAUAUUCUAUCGCAAAAACAACGCUGCACAACUCUACAGGCCGAGCUAAAUUUCGUUAUAUUUUAACCGCUAGAUGUCUCUGUUUUCACACGUGUUGUCUUUUCGAAGAACACAUUAUUCAGUAGUUUAGAUUAUUGAGAUAUUAUUUAUUAAUUUGCUUGAGUUGCGAUUUUAAAAAUGUCUGUAUAUCACGACGAAGUGGAAAUCGAAGAUUUUGAAUAUGAUUCGGAAAGUGAAAUUUACUACUACCCCUGUCCUUGUGGAGAUAGGUUUGAAAUCUCUAAAGAACAACUCGAAAGUGGUGAAGAAGAGGCGACGUGCCCGAGUUGUUCGCUCAUAGUAAAAGUGAUAUACAACAAGGAAGAAUUUUUUCAGAGUGAGGAAAUUAUGCAUUCCUCUUCAAAGAAGGAACUCACAACAUGAAGAAUUAGGGUUUUUCUACAGGUUUUCAGAAUGAAUAAAUGUAUCAAAUCAUA